GCAUUUAAACAUGGCAGCUGCUACGAGUGUUGUGGUACUGGAUAGAGGCAAUAACACAACAUGCACUAUAAAUUUACACGGCGCAACCGUAGUGUCGUGGCGGGUGAACAAUCAAGAACAAUUAUUUGUAAGCAAACAGGCUUUGUUCGAUGGCAAGAAAGCUAUUCGAGGAGGCAUUCCCUUUGUGUUUCCCCAGUUCGGCCCGUGGAGUUUCGGUCCGCAGCACGGCUUCGCUCGCAUCAUGAGGUGGAACUUGGAGAAAGCUCCUGAGAGACUGACCAGUGGAGAUGUGGAAGCCAUCUUCUCUAUCAUGGACAACGAGUUCACACGCUCCAUGUGGAACUAUCCGUUCCGACUGACCUACAGACUGAUUUUACGUGAGAAAGAGCUGCAUUUCAACAUCGGAGUGUACAACCCCAGCAAGGACCUGACGUUCAGUUUCAACCUGUUGUUGCACACAUACUUCAAGGUACCAGACGUUCGACGGUGUCAGAUCACUGGACUCCAUGGCUGUACUUUUAUUGACAAGACCAGAGAAAACUCCAUGUACCAAGAGGGAAGGGAAGCAGUUACCAUAAACGAGUGGACAGACCGAAUCUACCAAAACACAGCACAGGAACACAUAAUAACCAAUGUCGUCUCUGGACGCAAAAUGAGGAUACAGAAAUACAACUUUCCAGAUACUGUGAUAUGGAACCCCUGGGUGGACCAGAGCAAGGAGCUCAGUGACUUUGGAGAUGAUGAGUUCCCCAACAUGGUGUGUGUGGAGGCUGGCCAUGUGUCCAGUCCAGUAGUGCUUCUGCCAGGAACUGCCUUCGAGGCCAGUCAAAUCCUCCAGGUGAUGUGAGUGGAGGGGAGUGGUGGAGUGAUAGGUGGAGGUAGGUUGGGAGGUAGUGUACGCCACACAGGUCCAGUGGCUGGAGACAAUCCUCCACCUCUACUGUAUAUGACUACAGCUGUUUGUCUGUCUAUAGGUGAUGUGAGUGGAGGGGAGUGGUGGAGUGAUAGGUGGAGGUAGGUUGGGAGGUAGUGUACGCCACACAGGUCCAGUGGCUGGAGACAAUCCUCCACCACUACUGCAGUAUCCUACAUCUUGGCACACCCUGUAUAUGACCAGUGCUCCUGUACAUCGACUACUGCUAGAGAAGACUACAGAUGAAACCUCCCAUCCUCCCUGCACUCAACAAUCAUGUGGGAUUUGCUCUCUGAACUUGUGAAUCGGACGUUGUUACUACUUUUGAACUGGUUUAUCUCAUUGUUGAGGUGUAAACAAAGCAAACAUAUGUCAAUGAAAAAUUACUCAUGUACCACUGAUUUUACUUAAGUUUUUAAAGUAAUAUUUUUUUAAAUCACUUUGCAACCUUUUGUCAGUUGUAUUCUGAAUAUUGUAAGUUCAUUUUGUGUAAAGGUUGUUUUUUUUAACUAAAACGUAAGAUAAAAGGUUGUCAAUUUCCUUGUCGAUUGUUAUUGUUAGCUUAAAACGCAUCACUUGGGGUCUUACUACCUCUUUGUGCCGCUCAAUUUUACGCCAAAGUGAAAAUAUUUAAUCACAUAAUCUUGAAGAAUAAUUAGGGUACUUAAAUUGUUGUUAAUGUUAGAUUAUUUUGAUUUGUUGUUUCUUUCUACGUCAGUAUAGCUACUGAAUUUUACAGAUUUUAGUUUUAAAUUUUGUUUGAUAGGUAGUGUAAUUUAAAGUUCGGUGUCUUUUCUAUUGCUAUGCUUACGUAAUGACAAUUUUUGUUCAAAAUAAUACUCUAACAAGAUUUUCCUACUUUAAGUAUUUGAAUUACUAGAAUAUUAUAAAUGGUGAAAUUAUAUUAUUAUUGGUAGGCUACUGCUUGGUUAUUUGACUCUUCACUCAAUAUGUUCCUCAUUGCGUUACGAUUGUUAAUUUUGAGAUAGUUUGAUAUUAUUUGUUAGAUUUUACAUGUUUUAAAUUCAUCGUUUCAUAGGUAUUUAAUUUUUGCACUUAAUGGUUUUUCUUAUGUUUUGUAGGUUUGUUGUUUAGAAGCCUCCAAGUAAGUGAAUUCACAUUUCUCUGUUUCAUUAUAAAUAUUACUUUUAUAAAAUCCAUAAAAUCCAGGAAAAUAUUGUUUAUCUAAACUCUCACAUCUGAGUUUAUAGUGUUAACAAAUAUUUGUUAAAAGUGCAAAAAAUACCAAUGAAAAAGACACAUCUAAAAUUCUGAAUUAUAGAGACUGCAAAUAUAAAACACGCAUAAACACUUUAUUACACGGUAAAGUUAUUAAAGUCAAAACUCUAUUAUUGAUUAAAUUGAUAUCAAGUUUACAAACUUCCUAACAAAAAUUUUUCCAAACAUUUAGACAACAAAAUGUUUUAGACUUU